CCCAUAUGCUAUACAAAUCGGAGGCGCUCCUACAUAUAGAUCUCCUCUUAUUUCCCUCUCUUUCUUCCAAUUCUUCACAACAAUUUGAUAAUUUACUAGAUUUUCUGCGGCUGCUAUGGGGACUGUUGUGGAUGCUGCAAACAAGGAAGCAAAUGGAAGAGCACCAAUCAACAAGAAGGUCACCGUUGUCUUUGUUUUGGGUGGUCCAGGCAGUGGUAAGGGCACGCAGUGUGCAAACAUCGUCGAACAUUUUGGUUAUACUCACCUGAGUGCAGGUGAUCUUCUCCGAGCAGAGAUCAAAUCUGGUUCUGAGAAUGGGACUAUGAUUCAAAACAUGAUCAAGGAGGGAAAAAUUGUACCUUCAGAGGUGACAAUCAAGCUUCUGAAACGAGCAAUAGAGGAAAACGGAAACGACAAGUUUCUUAUUGACGGUUUCCCACGUAAUGAGGAGAAUCGUGCGGCAUUUGAGUCUGUAACCGGCGUCCAGCCAGAAUUUGUACUUUUCUUUGACUGUUCUGAGGAAGAAAUGGAGAAACGCUUGCUGGGUAGAAACCAGGGUAGGGAGGAUGAUAAUAUCGAGACUAUAAGGAAGAGAUUUAAGGUUUACUUGGAAUCUAGUCUCCCAGUUAUUGAAUAUUACAGUGCAAAAGGCAAGGUUAAGAAGAUUGAUGCCACAAGACCAGUUGGAGAAGUUUUUGAGGCAGUCAAAGCAAUUUUCACCAAGGUUGCUGCUUAAAUUUGGGACUUCACUCAUCAUUUUGCACCAGAUAUCAGUGUAGGCAGUUAUGAGAUAUAUGGCUUGACGAAGUCUGUGUGUCAUCACUGGAUUUCUUCCCCUUAGGUGGAAGGCUUACAUUUUUACUUUUUUUUUCGAUUUUAUUGUUGUGAGGUUUCUUGCCUCUAUAUUGUUUUACCAUAGUGUCUCAACGAGGUUAUUGCCUCUAUAUAUGCUCUCAUAUAUAUCUAAUAUACGAACAGCUGAAUUCUCCUAUGUUUUAUAUUUCUUAGUAAUAAGAUUGCUACAUGUUCAUUCA